AUGCAGCGAGAGAUAGACGAUUUGAAGAGAAAACUGCACCAUGCACAACAAAGGCGAUCUUGUUCUAGGCCUGACGUACCCUCCGACGAUGAAAGUGAUGAUGACUAUAGACAAAGAUCGAGGACUCCCCCAAGUGAGACCUUUUCUCACGAAGAAGAGCACUACUGGAGGCGUAGGCGCAAGAGCCCAUCUCCUAGGGGCUUGGGAAACGAUGCCAUGAGCAAGGCACUGGACCAACUCUCCAAGUCGCCUUUCACGCACCACAUAAAAGGGGCUACACUUCCUCGAUGGUUCCGGCAGCCAACCUUCGCCGUUUACAAUGGUAAAACAGACCUUGUGGAGCAUGUGAGCCAGUUCAACCAAAGGAUGGCUGUCCAUUCUAAAAACGAGGCAUUGAUGUGCAAGGUUUUCCCAUCUAGCAUGGGACCAGUGGCGAUGAGGUGCUUUAAUGGCUUAAAGACAAAUUCCAUAGAUUCGUAUAGGCAGCUAACCCAGGCUUUUGGCUCCCGCUUCGUUACGAACAGCAGAGCUUCUCGACCUUUGAGUGCUUUGUUAUCGUUAUCCAUGCAUGAUGGAGAAACUCUAAAGGCCUACUCUGACAGAUAUUGGGAGACGUACAAUGAAAUGGACGAAAAUUUUGACGAUGUCACCAUUAUCACCUUCAAAAAUAGUCUCCCAGCCGAGCACGGCUUGAGGAAGUCUUUGACUGGCAAGCCCGCCACUAGUAUGCGCUAA